AUGUAUGACUCUUUUAAAUUUGGACAUCAUAUGACUCAAGAUAAUAACAAAUUGAGCUUUAUGAAUACUAAACUAGGCAAAAGCGAUAUAGAAACCUUGAUCUUACCAAUUGAAGUAGUUAAACUUGAGAAUAUCAAGUCUGAAAUGUAUGCUGAUGAGACAUGUGUCAGCAUGGAUCCUGAGCAAAUGAAGGAAGACUUAGAUCUAGAAACUGAUACAAAAUUAGUUAUAUCAGCUAUGCUACAUACAAAAUUAGAUGUUGAAAGUCAUGGAAAGAGUUGCACAGAUGUUUCAUUAGGAAGGUGA